CCUUUCUUGCUCGUCACUCUUCUCGGUGCCUCCAUAUGGCCCGAGUCCCCGUCAAUCACAUACGGCCCGCCGGCGGCUCCCUGCGCUAUAAGCUGCUCUGAUAUGGCUGCGUCUGGCGGACGGUAAUAAUACCGUGCGACUCGAAAGAAGAAAGGACAGAAAGAAAAGAGGAAGAGGCAGAAGAAAGGAAAACGGAGAGGGAACGGCGUGCCGGAUGACAUAAGUGCGCUUCAUCAUUCGUGCUCAGAGGGCAUAACGCUGGGAGCGUCUGAGAUCCUGCAGAAGAAGUGAAAGAAGAGGGGAAAGAGAGUGCGAGAGAGUGAGAGAACGGAAAAGCUGCGAUCGUCACCGCUCCUCCACCGGAAUGAUGAAGAGCAUCUGGAUCAUCUUUACCAUCGGACUGUCAGCUUUUCUUUCGGGAACCAGGAUAUGUGUGAAAGCCCUGAAGGAAGACGGGUACCUGGAAAAUUGGCAGUCGGGAGAUGGGCGGUUCGAUGAUGAUGAAGAUUUUGGUUCCGGAUCAGGUUCUGACAUCUUUGUAGACCAAGGCAUCGAAAAGGUCACCAAGCACGCCGUGUUCUUAAUUCCUGGGACGGACCCCUCCCUGAGGUCUGGCAAAGCAGCCGUGGCCCAGGAAGAGAUGCUUACAUACACCAAGUCUCUCAGGACAGAGACCACUGUCCCUGCCACAAAGAACCCCCUCGGGAGGAAUGGGGCCCCAGGAAGCAGCAGCCCUAAUCUCUAUGGGGAAAGAGACAAAGUUAGCUCGGAAAGCCUCUUCCAGAGAACAGAAGUCCUGGCAGCUGUCAUCACAGGUGGAGUCAUCGGCCUCGCCUUUGCCGUCUUCCUCGUGCUGCUGCUGGUUUAUCGCAUGAGGAAGAAGGACGAGGGCAGUUACGAGCUGGGGGAGCGGAAGGCGCCCUCGGCGGCCUACCAGAAAGCCCCCACCAAGGAGUUUUAUGCAUGAACUAAAAGCGUAGCAUCGGCAUAUCAUGAAAUCUUUGAUGCUGACAGAUAAUUUUUUAACAAAUAAUGGUUGAUGAUUUCUUAAUGUAAUUUGCUGUUCCGUAUUCCUUCUGAUCAAAGGGCUUAUUGUAUGUCCAUGUAUUUCGUUUGAUAUAUUACAUUAACAGCAAAAAAGAAAAGACCUUAAUUUUAAUCUAUAUUAAUCACAAAGAAAUUAACCAACUCUCUUUAGGGUGUUUAAAUGAGACGGUGAACCUUCCGUAUGAAUUCAUCUUUCCGUGGUUCCUUUGUGUAGGUGACUCCAUAGUAUAUCUGGGAUUGCUGGGAGGUAUUUUAUCGUCUGUUUUCAGGCUGGUCAGUUGCCUUUAAUGUAGUUCAUGGGGCUGCCGUGUGUAAUGUUUAUUCAGAUAUUAAGAAACGUAUGUAUCGCCCCCCAUUUCCAGCUUUAAAAUCACAUACAAUUCUUGCACAGAGCUGAAUACAAAAUUCAGCAUUUAUAUUAGAUAUUUAAUAUAAGAAACCUAAGAACUAGAAAGAUGGUAUGAACGUCUUGUACUUUUUUAUGACUCUCCCCGCACAAUGAUUCGUUUUUAUGCUAAAAUGGCCAAAUAAAUGUUAAAAAACUCCCCUUUUCACUGUUCCGAAUGUUGCCAAAGUAAAACUGUUUUUUAAACUUUGUGUGUUUUUAACUUUGCCUUUGUUAACUAUAGCAGUAAGGUGAACCCUAUACAUUGAAGUUGUGCAGUAGCACCUAAUUUUGUUAAAGCUUUUUAAAUAAAAUAUAGUCACUGUGUUGACGUGAUAUUUCCGUAGGACAAGCACAUUGUGUUUCAGCCUAAAAUGCGCUCACAAACUGACUGUCUGAUUGGAAUGCACUUGCGAUUCAUGGAGGAUCUUUCAUGCGACACUGCAGUAAGUUUGCAUGAAAACAAUUUUUAUUUUCAGUUCCAAUGCUUAAUUUUUUUUUUUUUUUUAAAGAAAAAACAUGCAAAACUAUAUUUGCAAAUGUCAUAAGCUCUUAAAAGUGCCUUCCAUUCUCAAAAUGUGCUAGUUCCUGUUUAAAUAUGGCAGACAAAGUUUGAAAGCAGACAGUAUCUGUAUCAGUAAUCUGAAACACUACUGAAUAAACAUUGUGGCCUGUAACAGC